AGAACCCCAAAAAAAAAAAUCCUAUUCCCCAUCGCUGAUGAACUGAAAAUACAUCCGCUUCCAUUUCUUCACAUUCUACCGUAAUAUUUGUUACAGGAAUGCAGAGCCAGAUAGCGUGCAACGGGUGUAGGAGCCUUCUUAUGUACCCGCGUGGAGCAACAAAUGUGUGUUGCGCCGUGUGUAAUACCAUCACUUCUUUGCCCACUUCAGUAAUGGAAAUGUCCCAACUGAUAUGUGGAGGUUGCUGUUUAUUGUUGAUGUACACCCAUGGUGCUACUAGUGUGAGAUGCUCUUGUUGUCAUACGGUGAAUCUUGCAACAGCCCACAACAUUGCUCAUGUCAAUUGUGGGAAUUGCUCCACGAUGCUCAUGUACCCAUAUGGUGCUCCAUCUGUCAAAUGCGCUGUUUGCCAGUAUAUCACUAACGUCAAUAUGGGUAAUGUUAGGGUCCCCAUUCCCAUGCAUCGGUCAAAUGGAGCACCCUCUUCAGCAUCAAUGCCCUCUAGCUCAGCAGAUUUACCAAAUUCUCAGAGCCAAACUGUCGUCGUGGAAAAUCCCAUGUCUGUUGACAAGAGUGGCAAAUUGGUAAGCAACCUCGUUGUUGGUGUUACAAUGGAUAAAAAAUGACCUAAUAAUUCAUUUUGAUCGAUGGUUGCUGUAUUAGAAAGCCUGGAACAGUUUAUUAUGCUUUCAUCAGUUGGCUCGUUGGGACUGAGGGAGAAAGUUUCAUAUUGGCCUUGCUACUUUCUAGCACUUUUGUUGUAUUUUUAUUGGAAAUGUUAAAAGAGUUGGACAAUGUUACAUUUAUUUA